UUUGUGCUUGCAAAGUGCCCUCCCUGCCUUGGCCCCUCCCUCUGCAAAAUGAAGGGGUGCACCUGGCUGUUUGUGGCCACUUUGCUCUGUCAGCAGUUUUGCCUCUUCAGAGUCACGGCAGCAAAGAGAGAGAGGAAGGUGAAGAAAGAGCCAAAUCAGUACACAGAGCCCUUCAAUGCUACCCUCUCCAACAGUGAAGAGCUGCAUGGGCAUCCCAAGAUCCUGGAGUCUCCAGAUCCUCGGAUCACAGACCCACGGCGGACCUGGAUCUCCUUUGUUCACCGCCCUGAUGAUGGCAACACCUCCAAAAAGAGAUGCAAAGGGAAGGACAAGAAAUUACGUGGCCUCGUCGGACCCCCAGGCCCUCCUGGUCCUCAGGGACCUCCAGGAGCACCUGGUGCUGAAGUCACUCGAGAGGUCCUCCUGCAGGAGUUUAAGGAGAUCCUGAAAGAAGCCAUUGAGCGUCGAGCAUCCCUGGCUAUUUCAGCCCACCCCAGCCAGCUGCCUCCACUCCUGCUCUCCCUGGAGGAAGUCUCACCCCCCAGACGUGUGGAGGAGGCAUUCCACUGCAAGCUCAAGGGACAAGUCACUGUGGAUAAGAAGACCUUGGUGGAACUUCAGAACUUCCAGUCGCCUCUGGCCAAAGGAGCUUUCCUCCGGGGGACAGGACUGAACCUGGCCACGGGACGGUUCACAGCCCCCGUGGCUGGCAUCUACCAGUUCUCAGCCAAUGUCCACGUUGACCACAGUGAGCUGAAGAGCAAGGUGCAGCUGCGAGCCAGGGACAACGUCCGGGUGCUGAUCUGCAUCGAGUCCCUGUGCCACCGCCACACGUCUUUGGAAGUCAUUGCUGGUCUGGAAAGCAACAGCAAGAUCUUCACCAUCUAUGUACAUGGCUUACUGCAGCUGCAGGCUGGGCAGUACACCUCCAUAUUCGUGGACAACAGUGCUGGAGCUCCCAUCACCAUCCAGAAUGGAUCAGACUUCAUGGGCAUGUUGCUGGGUGCAUAG